AAUUAUACUUUUCGAUUUUCGUAAUUUUACAUGGCGCCCGAGCAGGGACUACAAAAAAGACUUUGUUGAUUGUUAAUUAAACAUAAAGAAAAUUCAAUUAGUGCAAUUGAUAAGUUUAAUUAAUUUCACACCUUGUUGGCAGCUGAGUGCAUAUAAUUAAAAACACAUUCGUUUGCGUUGUUUCGUUGCUGGCCUUUGAUUUAUGGAUCAAUCAGAAGUCAACAGCUCUUCUGAUGAACAGCUUCAUCGCAAGGCGUGGCGUUCCACUUCGGAUGUAUUCGGACAACGCCACCAACUUCGUCGGGACAAACAACCUACUCAAGGAGCUACAGAUGGAGUUCUCGAAGCAGCAGGAGAAACUGCAGUUGUUCGCGUCGGAGAUAGGGAUGGAAUGGCACUUCAUCCCUCCUCGAGCCCCACAUUUCGGAGGGCUGUGGGAAGCCGCGGUGAAAUCCGCAAAGCAUCUCCUCGUCCGGCAAAUGGCCAACGCGUCACUGGCGGAAAGCGAGGUCAGAGCUCAUCUGGCAGAUGUCGAGGCCAUUCUCAACUCGCGGCCUCUCACUCCACUCAGCUCCGAUCCCAACGAUGGCGAGGCUCUAACGCCGGGCCAUCUUCUAAUCGGGCAAGCCAUUCGUUCGCUGCCGCAAGGAUCCGUGCCAGACAGGCCCAACAAAGAGCUGACGUAUUUGCGACGGUGGCAAAUGUUAUCCACGCUCAGACAGCGGUUUUGGCUCGCGUGGUCGAAGGACUACAUCCACAACCUCCAAAUCCGCACCAAAUGGAAGUCUCCACAGCCCGGCUUGGAGGUCGGAUGCCUCGUCCUGGUUCACGAGGACAACACGCCACCUCAGCGGUGGAUAACUGGAAGGGUCGCAGGCGUAACCCGAGGAACAGACGGACAAAUACGGGUGGCCGAAAUUAGAACGGGCACUGGCACAUUCAAGCGCCCAAUCCAUAAACUAGCACGGUUGCCAGUGAUUUGA